UUGAAGUCAUAUGAUUGUAACUUUCCCAUGAUUUUUAAUCUUAUUUUCCUUUUCUCCAACUCAGUUUCAGUAAGCAUUACAAAUCUUUAUCCUGGUUGUGAGAAUGUCAGUGUGAGAAGCCGAAGUAUGAUGUUUGAGCCAGGCCUGACAAAAGGUGUAUUAGAAGCUUUUGUUUCACCUGCUCAUCACUCUCAUUUCUCUGCUGAUGAUCAGUCCACCAAGGCCAUUGACAUUCAGAAUGCCUACUUGAAUGGAAUUGGUGAUUUCAGCAUCUGGGAAUUCUCUGGAAAUCCUGUGUAUUUCUGCUGUUAUGAUUAUUUUGCUGCAAACGAUCCCACGACAAUUCAUAUAGUGCUUUUUAGUCUUGAGGAGCCUUAUGAAAUCCAGUUAAACCAAGUGACCUUUUGGCUUAGUUUCCUGAAAUCAUUAGUUCCUGUUGAGGAGCCAAUAGGUAUGUUCUUUUGCUUGUUCAUGAAAUAUCACAGGAAUAUAAGCUUUUCUCUACAACUCUUAAAUCCUCCAUGUUGACUGCUAUUAAGCAUUUUCAUCCCCUUUUAUUUAAGCAAAACUGAAUCAAUGUUUCUCAGCAGUGGACAGUUUUAUUUGUGGGACAAGCCUGAAGAAUUUCAUGCACCAGUGAUCCACUUGAAAAAGGUCACGAGGUACAGCACAAGCUCUUGUAGCAAAUGAAGUUUUAUGUCAGACAGGUGUUCUGGAAAAGUGUUUUAGGAGUGUUGAAACCAUUUAAGGCAAGUUUUAGACAUGUUGAUUAAAAUGCAGUUAAAUCUAACACCAG